AUGUCGGCUGCUCAAAUGCAUCCAAAGAAGUUGUUAGAGAGUUUGAGUCAAAACCUUGAUAUGUUUGAGAAAAUGUUUGAAAAGUAUUUUGAUAAAGUAGAAAACUCUCUCGAUGAACCAUUCUCAAAAGAGGAGGCACAAGCUGAAUUUGCCAAAAUACAAAAACACUUCUACUCCUUGACUGGUGUCUUUGAUAGGUUUGAGUUGAAUGCCGUGUUUGUUUCUCCUCAAGAAUGUACACCAGAAGCGGCUUCCAAACGAGAAAAGGACAUUGAAGAAAAGAAACAACUCUUGAAAACCAUUGCCAAUAACACGGCAACCGUUCAAGAAUUAAUUUCAAAAUUCGAUUUGGUCAUGAAGGAGUAA